AUGACAGCAAUCUUUGACUGCAGUCAGAAGUGGAAGAGCAAGUCAGACUUGGGAGAGCAAGUCAGACUUGGAAGAGCAAGUCAGACGUGGGAGAGCAAGUCAGACGUGGAUGAACAAGUCAACCGUGGAAGAACAAGUCAGUCGUGGAAGAGAGCAAGUCAGAAGUGGAAGAGCAAGUCAGUCGUAGAAGAGAGCUUGUCAGAACUGGAAGAGAGCAAGUCAGAAGUGGAAGAGCAAGUCAGUCGUGGAAGAGAGCAAGUCAGAAGUGGAAGAGCAAGUCAGACGUGGAAGAGAGCAAGUCAGAAGUGGAAGAGCAAGUCAGACGUGGAAGAGAGCAAGUCAGUCGUGGAAGAGCAAGUCAGACGUGGAAAAGAGCAAGUCAGAAGUGGAAGAACAAGUCAGUCGUGGAAGAGAGCAAGUCAGAAGUGGAAGAGCAAGUCAGACGUGGAAGAGAGCAAGUCAGAAGUGGGAGAGCAAGUCAGAAGUGGGAGAGCAAGUCAGACUUGGAAGAGCAAGUCAGAAGUGGAAGAGCAAGUCAGAAGUGGAAGAGCAAGUCAGAAGUGGAAGAGCAAGUCAGAAGUGGAAGAGCAAGUCAGAAGUGGAAGAGCAAGUCAGACGUGGAAGAGCAAGUCAGACGUGGAAGAGAGCAAGUCAGACGUGGAAGAGAGCAAGUCAGGCUUGGAAGAGCAAGUCAGAAGUGGAAGAGAGCAAGUCAAAAGUGGAAGAGAGCAAGUCAAAAGUGGAAGAGAGCAAGUCAGAAGUGGAAGAGCAAGUCAGACGUGGAAGAGAGCAAGUCAGUCGUGGAAGAGCAAGUCAGACGUGGAAGAGAGCAAGUCAGGCUUGGAAGAGCAAGUCAGAAGUGGAAGAGCAAGUCAGACGUGGAUGAACAAGUCAGCCGUGGAAGAACAAGUCUGCCGUGGAAGAACAAGUCAGCCGUGGAAGAACAAGUCAGUCGUGGAAGAACAAGUCAGCCGUGGAAGAACAAGUCAGUCGUGGAAGAACAAGUCAGCCGUGGAAGAACAAGUCAGCCGUGGAAGAACAAGUCAGCCGUGGAAGAACAAGUCAGCCGUGGAAGAACAAGUCAGCCGUGGAAGAACAAGUCAGCCGUGGAAGAACAAGUCAGCCGUGGAAGAACAAGUCAGCCGUGGAAGAACAAGUCAGUCGUGGAAGAACAAGUCAGUCGUGGAAGGACAAGUCAGACGUGGAAGAACAAGUCAGCCGUGGAAGAACAAGUCAGUCGUGGAAGAACAAGUCAGCCGUGGAAGAACAAGUCAGCCGUGGAAGAACAAGUCAGCCGUGGAAGAACAAGUCAGCCAUGGAAGAACAAGUCAGCCGUUGAAGAACAAGUCAGUCGUGGAAGGACAAGUCAGACGUGGAAGAACAAGUCAGCCGUGGAAGAACAAGUCAGCCGUGGAAGAACAAGUCAGUCGUGGAAGAACAAGUCAGCCGUGGAAGAACAAGUCAGCCAUGGAAGAACAAGUCAGCCGUGGAAGAACAAGUCAGCCGUGGAAGAACAAGUCAGUCGUGGAAGAACAAGUCAGCCGUGGAAGAACAAGUCAGCCGUGUACAGGUGUGAGACAAUAG